AUGCGUUUAUGCUUAGGAAAACAACUUUUCCUGCUUUUGUCUGCAUCCAAUAAUCACGCGAUGUGUUAUUUCGUUUUGUUGCUUCUUUCUGUUAUUUUUGGAUUUGUUAUGAGAGCAUUUAUUAAUUAUCAUGAAGCAUUUGAUCAACACGAUCAUCAAAUAUCUGAAAAGAAAUUCUUUCAAACUCCACAUUAUUCAACCAAUUUUUUGUUAUGA